AUGACCGACAACAUCUCAGAACUGGCCCGGUACUCUGGCAUCCUCCGUGGGCAGGAAAGUUUCGCUCAGGCCGUUUCAUACGGCAUCAACACGAGGAAUUGGUAUGGCGGGCGAGUUCCCCUUGCUGUAAAUACUAUUUUGCUUGGUCUCGCGGUAUUCCCGACCUGGUUGGUUGUUAGGCGUUAUGCUCCUAUCGAGCAUGAUAAGGACGCCACUAUCGGCCAAGAUGAAGAACAGGGAUCCGCACAACAUGUUGUUGGUACGGACUUUGGAGAUAAGAAUGUAGUGAGGGAAACAGUUCAAGCGAAAUGA